GACUCCAGAUUCCAUGUUGUCUAAAUCGUCCCAGCCCUACUCCCAGUACUCUAACAGUCCUAUGUUAGAUGAAAGGUCCCCGAGAUGGGCGGUCAGAGACUCAGACUCCUCCUCCUUAUCCUCAGAGUCAUCGUCCCAGUCAUCUGACGAUCAGGAGGGGAAGGGCACCCUCACACGAGAUGUAGUAUUUGAAGAGGGUGAAAAGACAAAUUCCAUGGAAAGCUUGGAUUUUUCUAGUAAACAGAACACACUGACCCCCAGUCUGGGGAGUGGGGGGUCGUCAUCAAAGUCCACCACAGCCCCAGAACCCAACAUCGACUUUGAACUGGAUGUCAAGGUAUUCAUUGACAAUGGGAAAUGUGUGCUGCAUCCCAAGGAAGUCAAAGAAGAGGACACAGCUAAAAAACAACAAAAGAGAGAGAAGACACCUGACCCCAUGUUGUCCCCGACAUCUAAGAAGAAGAUGACCUCCACCCCUAUGUCAGCCCCAGGGAAGAAGCCCCAGGCAGCCCAGCAUGUUCAGCAGAUAGAGGAUACGGUCUUCUUCUUACCCAGCAUUGAUCUCAAAGUGCAUUAUAAUUCCAAAACUCACAACUGUGACUCAGAACUUAAGUCUAAGUCAUCUGUUGACUCAUUUGAAUCGGAGGAAACAGGAAAGAGAAAAUCACCCUCUCCUGAACCGAGUCCAUUAGACCAGGACUCGGUCCCUCGUAUGAAAUCCUGGCCUCCCUCUCAUUUCCCAACAGUAACAGUGACAGUUGAUGAGGAGCAGGAGGAGGUGAUGUUGAGGAGGAGGUGCAGUCCUCCUCCCCCUCCUAUAAAGGUCCCUCCUCGUCCUCAACCCCAUUUUACUUUGGAGUCGUUAGAAUCUAGAGAGAGUACAUCAUCCAUGCCAUCUAAGAAGUCUGGUGUCAAGAAAGCUAAUCUGUAUGCCUGGUUGUCACUGCAGUCAUUGCCAGAGGAAAUGGUCAUCAGCCCAUGUAUAUUGGAUUUUCUGGAACAAGCUUUGGAGCCAAUUCCCAUAGGUGUCACCAUGCUGCAGCAGAACAAGAAAGGUCUGAACAUAAAACAAUAUUGCAUGUACAUAGAAAUGCUACUUGCUCUUUAA